AUGUCACUGCUCAGAGACUCCCUUCUUGACUGCUUAGAUAAUGAAGUGACUUCGGUUUCCAACAACGGGCCACACCAGGAUUCAGCAGCGCCGAGCGGUACGUCUUCACUUGAUCAAGACAGGAAACUCAAUGCCUGCGUGGGGGUCCGAUUGUCAGGGUCACAGUGUUGUGCCGCCGCCCGUCCUCCUCCGUCGGCUGCGACUGACGGCGGGCCCCGGGCCCCUGGGGGGCCCCUUUGCGCAGAAGAACAGCAGAAGCACCAGCAGAACAACAGCAGAAGCUAUACAGAAGCAACAGCAGAACCACAGCAGAAAAGCAACAGCAGAUGCCAGCAUGAGCAACAGCAAGAAGCACCAGCAAAACCCCAGCAGAAGCAACAGCAGAAGCACCAGCCAGAAGCACCAAGCAAAGCAACAGCAGAAGCAACAGCCAAAUCAACAUCAGAAGCACCACAAGAACACCAGCAGAAGCAACAGCAGAAGCACCACAAAGCACCAGCAAAGCAACAGCAGAAGCACCAUCAAAGCACCCAGCAGAAGCAACACAAGAAGCAGACAGCAGAAGCACCAGCAGAAAAUCAAUAUCAGAAGCAAACAGCAAAGCACCACAGAAAGCAACAGCAAAGCAUCCAGCAAAGCAACAGCAAAGCACCACAGAGCAACAGCAGAAAGCACCAGCAAAGCAACAGCAGAAGCUCCACAGAAGCUACAGCAGAAGCACCAGCAGAAGCAAUAGCAAAGCACCAGGCAAAGCAACAGCAUAAGCACCAGCAUAAGCAACAGCAGAAGCAACACAGAACACCACAGAAGCAACAGCAAAACAGAAGCACAAGCAGGAAGCACCAGCAGAUGUCACCAGCAGAACACAGCCAAGCACCAAAAGCAAUAGCAAAAGCACCAGCAGAAGCAACACAGAAAGCAACAGCUAGAAGCAACAGCAAGAAGCACCACAGAAGCACCAGCAAAGCAAUAGCAGAACAACAGCAGAAGCAACAGCAGAAGCACCAGCAAAUCAAUAGCAAAGCAACCAGCAAACAGAAGCAACAGCAACAGCAAAGCCAACAGCAAAAGCAACAGCAGAAGCAACAGCAGAAGCAACAGCAGAAGCAACAAAAGCUCCAGCAGAAGCAACAGCAGAAGCAACCAGCAAACAAUAGCAAGAAUCAACAGCAGAAAGCAACACAAAAGCACCAGCAGAAGCAAGACAGAAGCACCACAGAAGCACAGCAGAAGCACCAGCAGAAGCAACAGCAGAACAGAAGCACCAGCAGAGAGCAACAGCAGAAGCACCACAGAAGCAAUAGCAGAAGCUACAGCAGAAGCAACAGCAGAAAGCAACAGCAGAAGCACCAGCAGAAGCACCAGCAGAAGCACCAGCAGAAGCCAAUAGCAGAAGCACAGCAGAACAGAACAAUAGCAGAAGCAACCAGCAGAGCAACAGCAGAAGCAACAGCAGAAAGCAACAGCAGAAGCAUACAGCCAGAAGCACCAGCAGAUGCAAUAGCAGAAGCACCACAGAAGCAACAGCAGAACAACAGCAAAGCACCAGCAGAAGCACCAGCAGAAGACACAGCAAAGCACAGCAGAAGCAAUACCAGAAGCAACCGCAGAAGGCAACAGCAGAAGCAACAGCAGAAGCUACAGCAGAAGCAACAGCAAAGCAACAGCCAGAAGCACCACAAAGCACAGCAGAAGCAACAGCAGAACAACACAAAGGGAACCCGCAAGCAAAGAAAACACCAGCAGAAGCAACACAGAAGCACCAGCAGAAGCAAUAACAAAGCAACAGCAGAAGAAACAGAAGCAACAGAGAAGCACCAGCAGAAAAACAAAAGCAAAAGCCCCCCACAGAAGCACCAGCAGAAGAAAAGCAAAAAGCACCAGCAGAAGCAAAAGCAAAAACACCAGCAAAGCCCUAAAAAAAGCAACAGCCCGAAGCAAACAGCAAGAAGCCCAAACCAAAACAAAAAAGUCACCAGCAAAGCACCAGCAAAGCAACAGCAAAGCACCAAACAGAACCAAAAGCAGAAGCAACAAACAGAAAACAACCCCAGAAGCAACACAGAAGCAACCCGCAGAAGCACCACAGAAGCAAAGCAAAACCCGCCCCCACCAGCAGAAGCAAAAGCCCCGAAAGCAACCCGCAAAGCACCACAAAAAAAGGGCAAAAACAAACAAAAAAACAGAAGCAACCCGCAGAAGCAACCCAGAAGCACCAGCAAAAACACCAGCAGAACAAAGGGGAAGCAACCCGCAGAAGCAAACAGAACAACCCCAAAAAACAAAGCAGAAGCAACACAAACAACCCCAGAACAAAGCAAACAACCCCAGAAACAAAAGCAGAAGCAACAGCAAAGAACAGCAGAAGCACAGCAGAACACCAGCAGAAGCAAAGCAGAAGCCCCAACAACCCGAAGCAAAAGCAAAGGCCCCCGAGCAGAACACCCGCAAACAAAACCCCAAAGCACCCCAGAAGCAACACAGAAGCAAAGCAAAAAAGCAACCCCAAAGCAACCAGAGAAGCACCCGCAGAAGCACCAGCAAACAACAGCAGAAGCACCAGCAGAAGCACCAGCAGAAGCCAUAGCAGAAGCACCAGCAGAGCAACCGCAAAGCCACCAGCAAGAAGCAAUAAAGCUCAGCAGCAACAACAGCAGAAAGCAACAGCAGAAGCACCAGCAGAAGCAAUCAGCAGAAGCACCACAGAAGCACCAGCAGAACAAUAGCAGAAGCCACCAGCAGAAGCACCAGCAGAAGCAACCGCAGAAGCUACUCCCCAGCAGAAGCACCAGGCCACAACAACAGCAAAAGCAACAGCAAAGCAAUCAUCAGAACAGAAGCAACAAAUCAGAAAGCAAACCAGCAAAAGCACCACAAAAAAGCAAAAAAAAGCAAACCAAGCAGAAGGCACCCACACAGAAGCAACAGAAGCCAAAAACAGCAGAAGCACCAUCAGAAGCAAUAAGGCAGAAGCAACCAGCAGAAGCAAAUCACCACAACAGCAAAAGCAACAGCAGAAGUCAACAGAGCAGAAGCAGCAAACAGCAGAAGCACCAGCAGAAUCCAACUCAGCAGAAGCCAACACAGCAACAACCAGCAUGCAAGCAAUAG